CUCAGUCCUCUGCUUCAUCCGCGAUUCCAUUCCUCAAUCGACAUGGCCGUCGUUGUGGGUAAACUUCGUAGCCGAUUGAUCUCUCAUUCCCAGAGAUUCUCGUAGCAUUCGAUGUUUGUAGUGAUUAAUCGCCAUUCCUUCUUCUCGCCGGCGCGCGCGCUGCUGGCAAAUGCAAUUAACGCGACGGAGUCGGCGGUCUAGCAACGGCGCGCUCCUCGCCGGCACAUCCGGUAAACCAGGUGUUGGAUGCCUAGCUUGCACAGGACCUUUUGCCGUGGGUAAUGAGGAUGCUUCCGCCAUUCGCAGGGAGGGGAUCAUCAGGACACAAGAAGACGGCCAAGGAAGGCCGAGAUCCAGGGCCGCGAGUGUUGAAUCCAUUGACCGAGGACUCAUUCCCACAGCCAGGAGCUCUGGUCAACUUAGCUACGCAUGGCCAUGUGGCAGAUGUUGGUUCUCCGACCGACGACGGCUGGUUUUAUCCACUCUGUCGUAAGCGAAAUCGAACUGAACAACAGUUUUGGCAAUACAACUACAACAGUUUUGGCAACAGUUUUGGAGUCUGAUUUCGAUGUAGUAGUUGGUGCCAAUCGCAGCAUGCAACACCCGCAGCAAGGUUUCGUCUGUGGAACAGAACGUGAUUGCUGCCGUUGUUGUCUGUGAAAAAGGCUGAUACAAGGUUUCCGAACUUUUCUGAGUUGUUACCGGAUUCGUUCACCUAUUUUCCCCACCACUUUACACAGUUCAGCAGAGGCUGAGCUGCAUCAUCAACGACCUCUUACUCUCAAAUUUCUAACCGUGUUUUCCAUCUGAUAACUCAGCCUGCAAGGGUCCAUAGUUGCAGGUAAUCCUUGUUUUUUUUGUUAUUAUUUGGUUAUCAGAAAAUUCUCUCCUCUGUUUAGAAGUAUGCUUUGCGUCGCUAGCGGAGAACCUAUCAAUCAAUAUACACGACGCAUAUAUUACUAAUAAGUCAACCAGGCAGAAUACUGUCAGUAGAUGCCAAGAACUGAAAGCAAGAUAAUAAAGAAUCAGAAACUGAACAAGACAAGAUAGCAUUCAUAUCCUCGAGUUCUAAAACCGAUGAGAAUCUAGUGGAUUGCAUAAUGUACUUUGUAGUAGUUGGACAUGAACAAAGUAGCCAUUUAUCGUAUAUGUUUGACAAGAAGUCUCCCCUCUCUCCCCUACUCUGUCUGUCUCAUGGAGAAACUUCAUCUGCUAACUCUGCUUCUUCCCAUACUUGUUGGGUUACCUCUGUUGUACAUCUGUGACAUACUAUGGCUGAGGCCAGAGAGGAUAAGAAAGAAGCUGAGGAAGCAGGGAGUUAGGGGUCCCAGGCCUACUUUGUUCUAUGGCAACACCCAGGAGAUGAAGAGAAUCCGGCAAGAGGCCGUUUCUGCGCAGAAGCAAGACACCAGUAACUACAUAUCCACCCUCUUCCCUCACUUCCUUAUCUGGAGGGAAACAUAUGGCUCGGUAUUCCUCUACUCAACAGGAGCUGUGGAGAUUCUGUUUGUUUCUGACCCCGGCAUGGUCAAGGACAUGAGCCACUGUACAUCAUCUGAGCUCGGGAAGCCUAUUUAUAUUCAGAAGUCCCGCAAACCGCUCUUUGGCGAAGGCAUCUUGGUAUCAAAUGGCGAUAUAUGGGCCUAUCAAAGGAAGAUCAUUGCACCAGAGUUUUUCAUGGAGAAGAUUAAGGUCAUGAUAGAACUAAUAGUGGAGGCUUCUGUCCCACUGCUAGAAGCAUGGGAGAGCAUGCUUGAUGAUGCUGGAGGGAAUAGAGAGAUAGAUGUGGAUGGUUACUUGCGGAAUUUUUCGGCAGACAUAAUUGCUAGGGCAUGUUUUGGCAGCAAUUUCGCAGCAGGGGAAGAAAUAUUCUACAAGCUCAGGCAGCUUCAGAAGGAGAUUUCUCAGCAAGAUACACUUGUUGGAUUAUCUGCAGUGUGGAAGUGUUUGCCAACCAAGGCCAACCGAGAGAUACAAAAGCUGGAGCAAGAAGUUCGGUUACUCAUCCUCGAUGUCGCAAAGGAACACAGGCGUGGAAGCAGCGACAACAACGACGACGACAAUCCUUGCAUAAAGACUAAACAUAACAGCUUUCUGCGCUCAGUUGUCAACAGCUCUCGGCAUUGCCCGGCCAGCUACGGUGGCAGCACCGAGGACUACAUCGUGGACAACUGCAAGAACAUCUACUUUGCCGGGCACGAGACUGCGGCUGUCACCACCACCUGGUGCCUGAUGUUACUGGCCACGCACCCGGCAUGGCAGGACCGUGCACGUGCCGAGGCUCUAGAGGCGUGCCGUGGAUGCACAAAGCUCGACGUCGACGUCCUCCGGCGACUGAAAACGAUCACCAUGGUGAUCCAGGAGACCCUCCGGCUGUACCCUCCGGCGUCACUGAUCGUGCGCGAGGCGCUGGCGGACUUCAAGCUUGGCGGCAUCGACGUCCCGCGGGGAACCAUCGUCCAGACCGCCAUCACGAUGCUGCACCUCGACAAGGAUGUCUGGGGCCAGGACGCCGGCGAGUUCCGGCCGGACCGGUUCGUGAACGGCGCCGCGGCGGCGUGCGAGCCGUCGCACAUGUACCUGCCGUUCGGGCACGGGCCCAGGAUUUGCGCGGGGCAGAACCUGGCGAUGGUGGAGCUCAAGGUGGUGCUCGUUCGCCUGCUGAGCAAGUUCGCCUUCUCGCCGUCACCGGGGUACAGGCACGCGCCGCUGUUCCGGCUUACCAUCGAGCCUGGGUUUGGCAUGCCUCUGGUCGUCACAAAGCUCCCAUGAUCUCUCGCUGUAACCUGUAGAAAGAAGGUACUGGGUAUGAUGGAAAUAAUGAUGCCGCCACGGUUUUUGUAACCGGCAAAGCAUGCUUUCGUCGGUAGUUUCAGCUGCUUAAUACUAUCAGAUAAGUUCAGGCA